GUGGGACCCAUUACCAACCCAUGGAAACCGACAGAACAACGAGCAAGGAUCACGGAACCCUAUUCCAUCAAAUUAUGAGGAGUGACCGGAAAGCCGUGACUAAGAAUGCAAACAUGUCUGAAGAAAUGCGUCAGGACGCCGUGCAUUUCGCCACCCAAGCCCUUGAAAAAUGCAACAAUGAGAAGGACAUAGCUGCGUACAUCAAGAUGGAGUUCGAUAAGAAGUACAAUCCCACUUGGUAUUGCAUUGUGGGGCGGAACUUUGGUAGCUACACCACCAAUGAAACCCGGCACUUUAUUUACUUUUAUCUGGCCAGGUAGCAUUCUAGCUCUUUAAAAGCGGGUAGAUGUCCAUUUGGAGAGUUCAUCCCCGC